AGAGGUGAAAAGAUGAAAGGAAGGAAUAAUUGAGACUGGUUUAGAAAGAGAAUCUCAGUGGCAAAGAGGAAAUGUUUCAGAGUAAACAAAAACAAUCCCUGAUUGUACCAUGAAGAGCUUGGGGAGUGAACAAUAAUCCAGGUCAAAAAUAUGUCUGCUAUGGAAAUGGAUCAAGAACUGGCCAAAAAACUGUUCUUUGAAGGAGGCACUCUUAUAAUACUUGGAGUUCCUGAGGGCACUGAAUUUGGCAUUGAUUACAACUGUUGGCAAGUUGGCCCCAAAUUUAAAGGAGUGAAGAUGAUCCCACCAGGAAUCCAUUUUAUGCAUUGUAGUGCUGUGGACAGCAGCAAUACUCUGAUAACAGGGCCACGCACAGGUUGUUUCUUUCACAUAAAGCAGAGGGAAGUUCUAGUGAAGCGAUGGGACAAGAAGGAAGAAGAAAUAAUUCUAGUUGAGGUCUCGGAAGAAGAGAGAGAACAGAUAAGAGAGAAUCUGACGGAACUGGACAAAUGCUUGGGACCAUAUCCAUAUGCAACAAUGAAAAGAUGGGUUUCUUUAACCAAUUUAAUUACCGAUCCCUUAAUCCAGAAAUUGCAACCUGAAAGUGGACGGAUUUGUGCAUUUUCUGAAGUGCAGCCAGAGAUUGCACUACCACAUACAAAGGAUCGCGCCGAACAGAAUCUAUUGCCUUAUGAUACCCUAUGCAAGAGCUACGAAGAGGGGUUAGCCAGACUGCCCAAGAUGAAAGUUAAAGCUGGUACUGAGAUCAGAUUCACGACCAUUCCAAAACAGAAGUAUCCUGAGGGAGCAUCCCCAGCUGAAAUUACAAAGUUUAGCAUGGACUUUAGCUAUGCCCUGGAUACGGUAAUAAAACAGCGAUACCCUUUGAACUCAAAAGAUAUAUUAGGUGAAUUGCAGUUUUCUUUUGUCUGUUUCCUGAUCGGACAUGUCUAUGAUGCGUUUGAGCACUGGAAGGAUUUACUUCGUCUACUCUGUCAUUCUGAGGAGGCUGUGACAAAACGAAAGGAUCUCUACUCUGCUCUCAUCUCGAUCCUCUAUCAUCAACUUAAUGAAAUUCCUGCUGACUUCUUUGUGGAUAUUGUCUCCAAAGAUAACUUCCUCACCACAACCUUGCAGGAGUUUUUCUCUUACACGUGCAACCCAGAUGUAGACAAAGCUCUGCAGAAGCGGGUGGAAAAAUUUAAAGCUCAUUUAACCAAGAAGUUCAAAUGGGAUUUUGAUGAAGAACCUGAUGAUUGUGCUCCUGUGAUGGUUGAGUUACCUGAAGGACAACUGGGCUGAUUUAGAUCAGUUAAUAAAACCUUUUGAUCCAUGAGCCAUUUGGUAAAUGUCUGUCUUUUAUGUUUAUCAACUUAAGUAUGUAAAGUAGAAACAAGCUUGUUUAUGUUUUAUAAAUUAUUGUAAAAUAUUUACUCUCUAUUGACAAUAUAAAUUUGCGUGUGAAAGCACUUUUUAUCUGGACAUUUUUAAUGGAACAUGUUGGGAUCAAUAGAUAUGUUUAUUCUUCACUGUUUUUGUUAAAAUUAAUUGGUCUAUUUACUGAUCAAAUGAAAUACAGUGCUCAAAAACUGAUGCUCAUUUUUGUUAAACAUCCUGUCUCAUUAGUUCCUUUUAGCAAUCUUUUGGUCCUAUUUUAACUCCAAGAAUAAGUUACAUUGCAUUCUGUGCAGUUAUCAAACUAGAAGUUGAAUGUAUUUUAUUGUUGCCUCUCAGUUAUUCAUGAACUGUAAAAUAACAAUUUUGCUUAAUCAGUGGACCAUGCAGUUGUUCUUUUUUUCCUCAGCAUUGUUCAAAACAUUUUGACAAGGCCAAGCAAUAAUUAUGGCAUUGCAGUUACUAUGUCUUCUCUGUUUUUUAUGACCAAUUGAGGAA